ACGCUAACGUUUGAUUCGCUGAGCGACGAAAAACUCGUGCUAAAAAACAGCGACGUUUGGGAAAAUAGCCUUACAUUAGGCGAUGGCAAACUGGAGGUGCAGUCAAACAGCUUUCAGAUACGAUCGACAAAUCCCAUGGAUUUGGACGAUAACGUGGACGACAUACUGUUCAAUGUGGAGCCCCAGGAGCUGACACUACACGCCAAAGAGUUCCUGAGACCAGCGCUGGGCGGACACAAUAUCAACACAUCGCUGGAGACCAAAUCAAUUCGCGGCGAUCUCUACCACGACUUAAGACUCGAGUCGCGUACCCAAUCGGUGCUGAUAGAGGCCGACAAAGACAUACACUUGGAGUCGAGGGGCGGCGAUAUUAUGUCCCAAUCGUAUGACAAUACAAUACUGACGGCUAAUGAGGCGAUUCGGAUGCAGACAAAGCGUCUGGAGUUUAGAAAUUUACCACUUUUUGACAAAACCGCCGAUGAAAUCAACGCAAAAGACUCUUAUCAAUUAUGUAUCUGCGAAUCGGGACAGUUGUUUGCCGUCCGGCCCGACAGUGUCUGCAAAGCGGACGCCCACUGGUGUAGCGUCCAAACCAACGACCAGUGAUUUUACAUACAUAUCCC